AUGAAAAAUCAGCUUAAAGCUAUGUUUACUAAGGCUGAGUUUUAUAUGUUAACUCAGUAUAAAGUUGGAAAAAUUUAUGAUAUGAUGAUGGGUGAGACUCUUCAGGUGUAUAUGUAUUGGUGUAAUAUGGUCUGGAAUAGGCUGAGUAUUCCAAGACGCAGAUUUAUUAGUUGGCUGGUAGUCCAACACAGAUCGCAGACUACAGAAAAGCUUGCUAGAAUCGGAGUUAGCUCUUCUCUUGCUUGCGUAAUUUGUGAUCAAGGUGAUGAAAUACAUAAACACUUAUUUUCUGAAUGUCCAUAUAUUAAGAUUUCCUUAUUAGAAACAAAGAGUUGGUUUGGCAUUACAGUUGCGACUCAGAGCCUCAAUAGAUUGAUUGUGUGGAUUGACAGAAGCAAAAAGUCCAAGUUCAGGAAAAAUGUGUGGCAUGCCAAUAUUUAUGCUUUUGUGUAUAGCGUAUGGAGAUGCAAAAAUGAUUCUUAUUGGCAGGAUCUUAUUACAAGGCCUCACUUUCUGACUGAUAAUUGUAAGAGGGUUGUGAAGGAAAGAAUUAGAGUUGUGCUCCCUACUAUAAUGGCAAGAUAG